AUGGCGUCUGGAACAGUCAACGGUUCUAAUAAUUCCCCAGAAUCCGUCAGUUAUGCUCACAACAUAGGCCAUGACCUCGAUUACUUGGAUAUGGUUAAUACUCUUGAAACCACUUCUCUAAAUUCCCAGAAGAAAAGUUCCCUGGUUGGAUCAACUCCAUUCGAUCCUAAGAAGAGCAAGGUUACUGUGCAACGCCCAGGUGAGCAGAAGGCCUACCAGUGCGGUCCCAAUUCGAGAAAAAACAAGAAGUCUGACUCCUCUGUGACCUGCGGAAUGGCAAAUUUGACGAAUCCUUCUCUUCACAUGUCGCCCCUUCCCUCAAGGCGUGCCUGGCUUUUGUUCAAGCCUGAACAACGGCCGCACGGCCACUGGGCUGCUGUUACGCCCGUAUCUGUGUGCGUUCGUGGGUGCGUACGCGUUCGCAAGUUUAAGUGCGGUCGCGCUGCCACAUCAUGUGUUUAUCCUCUCACUCUCUCGCCCCUGUGUCUUCGUCGUUUGCGCACGCCUGGAACAUAUACACGUACACGCACACGUGAGUGUGCGCUCUCGCGCGCGUUAACCGCCGUCCUGGCCAUUCUCGGCUUUCGUGUGCUACCCUGGUUGCCUGCCUCGCCGCACGUUAGCGCGCCGGUAGGACCCUGGAUCCGAUGUCCCCUUCAGGCACAUCCGGUACUGUCCGAAUCUCCAAAUGUACUCACUUGUGUUGCUCGAUAUUGUCUUUGUUAG